AUGUCAGGCGUGGCAACUCUUGGUCAGGCAUGCUGGGCUGCUGCCGGCGUAAAGGUGAAGAAGGCAAAGACCGCCAUUUCCCAAGCCCAAAUUCAAAACCCAAAACCCAAAUCUUUAGCUCUUCCCUUGUCAGCUAAUUGCAGCCGCAACCUCUUCUCCUUCAGCCCCAAAGCCAUCACCAAAUCCUCCUCCUCCUCAUCCGUCCGUACAUCUGUCGCCGCCGUAGACUCCGACCAGCUCAGCUCCUCCGAUUCCGCCGAAAAGCAAAAGGCGAGCAGGUACUAUUUCGUUGUUGCGAAUGCCAAGUUCAUGCUGGACGAGGAGGAGCAUUUCCAGGAGCAAUUGUGUGAGCGGCUUCGCUACUAUGGAGAGCGUAACAGAGAGCAGGACUUUUGGCUUGUGAUCGAGCCCAAGUUCUUGGAUAAGUUUCCCAACAUCACUAAGAGAUUAGGAAGACCUGCUGUGGCUCUGGUAUCGACCAAUGGACCUUGGAUUACGUUUAUGAAGCUGAGACUGGACAGAGUGCUAGCAGAAAGUUUUGAAGCUGAGAGUCUAGAAGAGGCAUUGGCCUCCACUCCAACCAAUAUUGAGUUUGAGAAACCGGAGAAAUGGGUAGCACCUUAUUCCAAGUACGAAUCUGGGUGGUGGGGGCCCUUCUUGCCGCCAGGAUCGAACGAGGAGGUCAAAGUGUAA